ACCUGGGGAAGGCAUGCCUUUUCAGUUUUUUAAACGGCAUGGCUGUCAUAAAUCCAGACUCUCAGGUUCCUUGAAUGGCCAACGCUGGCGCUUUCUGAGGAGCGGUUUGGAUGAUUUCAGAGAUGGCUUCCUUCCUCCACGUGAGGGCAUCAUCAGCCAGCCAGCAAGGGGACCCGGCCCUCUUCUUCACUCCAGCAAACCUAAGAACCUUGUCAAAGCAUCCCAGAGGUCCAGAAAGAUGCUAACCGAGCCACAGAGCUACACUUCCAAGCUCAGCCUGACGAGCCAAACACGAAAGGACCACAUUGCUCAAGUUGAGUACUGCCUCAGCCAACACCCCUUAGCACUCUACCCACAUCUGCAAGAAAGCAUUCCUGCGGAGCUUUUCAAGGAAGUCAUGAGCAUCCUCGACCCAGAUGUGCUUCCUAAUAGCCAAGAACCUGAUGCUGACCUUGAUGGGGAGCCCCGUCCUCCUCCUACGAUUCCAUCCCUCUUGGAAAACAAAAGAAACGGACAAGCCAGGGCCAAGCGGGUCAACUGCAAGGACCCAGAAAACAAGGCUCCUUAUACUUGGUUCUCCCUUGCAGAAGUGGCAGCAAGAGAAUUGGAGGCCAGGUUGAAUUAUGUCCCCCCUCUCGACGAGAAUAUAAAGCGAGCCACCAAAGACCUUUGCGAUGGAUUUGAUUCUCUAGGAGGAGAGAAAUAUAACAUCGAUGAAGACACUGUUCUAAGUAUGUUUGAUGCAGGUUACAAGACCACGCUCCCUAUAUUUCUUCCAAUUUAUGUUGAGGAACUCCAUGAUCUACCAAUGGACUUAAGGAAGCAUAUUGGAAUGCUGCCUUCUCAGGCCAUUAGGAAGAACUCUGAUCGGGAUGUUCAGUCUUCUAAGAAUCCUUGCCAGUCCAGAUGGGAGAAGAUCAGAUAUGGGGCUUGGUAUCUGGACCCAAAGACAUGGAAAAAACAGAAAGUGAAUGAGCCUUUAGAAAACCCCAAAGCAAAAGGGAGCAGCAUCAAGAAUUCCAGAAGGCUCUUAAGUGAAGAGAAUGCCAAGUUCAUACAACUUCAUGGAAUUCAUGCUUUCAGGGAAUUUCUUGAAAGAAAAGGUUACCGGAUACCAGAGUUUUUGCAGCAGAUGCUGGAGGAACAGAAUGGUGUUGGACCAAAAGUGGGAGCUUUGAAGAACACCAAGAAUGACUCCCAGAGAUGCAAAGUGCUCAGAGAAGAUGAUUAAUCAGUGAUGGGAAAUUAAUACAAAAACUCAAGCAUCCAAUGAUCAAGAGAACAGAACCCUGCUACAGCUCUGUCUAGGAUGCUGAGUAGGAAUUCUCUGCUGUAAUUGACUAGUUCCUUCAGGACAUUUUCAGAACUCCAGAUAUUUGAUUCCAUACAUAGAGCCCUUCCCCCACAGAUCUUCUUCUAUGUAAGCAGGAUGAAUUGUUUAUCCCACAGCUCUGCAGCUAUGGACACAUUCCUCUUAUACAGUGCAGAUUUCAGCAUUCUGAGAAUAGAUUUACAGUAAAUGAAAAAUGAGUUAAGGCUGUAGUCUUCUAGUCAAUUAUCUGGGAAUGAGUUCAGUUGAAGUAAAGAAGGUACUCUUCUGAA